GCAUUUAUUAAAGUAGUUAUAAUUUAAUCAUGAAGUUGGCGGAGGACACAGGUUUUAUAUUGUUAAUAAUAGAUAGCGUAUUUUCGAGGAUGGAAAAGAGUAGCAGUAAAACACGAUGGCGGCAAUUUUUGGCUUAACAAUUUUUAAGAAAAAGCAAAUUCACUUACGAAAACAUGUCUUUUCUGUUUUGAAUUGAGCUAGUACAUAGUUUCAAAAGAUUAUGUCUGAAGGAGAUACGUGGUCAGAGCUACAAGCACAUAAAAAGAGACAAGAUAGUUUAAGAGAGAGAAUUCAAAGACGAAAGAAAGAGAGACAUGGAAUUCUUACAGCAGCUUCCAAUGAUGGUGUGUCAAAGACAAAUGAGAAACCAGUCACUUCAACUUUGGAUGGAAAACAGACUAUUGUAUUGAAAAAUGAAAUUGUUGUUGAAGCUAAAACUGAACCGAGUAAUCUGAAAAAAAGCAAUUCUGUACUUGAGAAAUGGAUUUUAGAAUAUUUGUCAGAUAAAAAUCUAUCAAUACCAGUCAGUUCUUUACAUCUUGCAUCCAAAUGGUGUGAGUCAUCAAAUGCUUCACCAUCUUCAAUAACACAUGAUGAUGUUACUGAUCUUAUUGAAAAGUUGGCCAUACAAAAUUACAUCCAGAUUAAAUCCAGCCAAUCGUCUGAAGGAAAGACAUGCAUUCUUAUCACAGAAGUUGACUUAUCCAAGUUGAAAGCAGUUGUUCAAGAAAUAAAAGCUGUAUCUGCAAACUCUUCUUCAAUGGGACCAGUCUUAAAAAAAAGGAAACAAGAAAGAGGAUCUUCAAGGGAAGGUUCGAGAUCACAAGAUGUUUCACAAAAAUCUAAAAAGAAAAAACUUGACAAUGAUGACAUACAAUCUAUGUUAUCGACAAUGACAUCUAUUGAAACAGAGACAAAAAAGCUUGGGGAAGAUGUACUAGAUUUGUUAAAUAUAAAAUCAGCUAAGGAGCAGUUAACAGUUGAAAAAUUCAAGAGUCAGGGGGGAGCAAAUGUUCAGGAAUUUUGUGAACAUGGCACUCGAGAUGACUGUAAAAAAAAUAGAAAUGGUGUUUGUAAAAAGGUUCAUUUUAGGAAAAUUAUACAAAAACAUACAGAUGAGUCCUUGGGUGACUGUUCAUUUCUUAACACCUGUUUUCAUAUGGAUACUUGUAAGUAUGUGCAUUAUGAAGUGGAUUAUACAGGAGUUUUAAAAGACAAGGACAGAAAAACUGAUGAAAAAGAUAAGCAAAAUGAAACAACCAUUUCUGCAAGUGGCAAUAUAACACUUAUACCACCACAGUGGAUUCAAUGUGAUUUAAGAUAUUUAGACUUUGCUGUAAUUGGUAAAUUCAGUGUUGUUAUGGCUGACCCCCCCUGGGAUAUUCAUAUGGAGUUGCCUUAUGGGACAAUGUCUGAUGAUGAAAUGAGAAAACUUUCUGUUCCAAAAUUACAAGAUGAAGGUUAUAUUUUUCUCUGGGUAACUGGAAGGGCAAUGGAACUUGGUCGAGAAUGUUUAAAAUUGUGGGGAUAUGAGCGUUGUGAUGAACUUAUCUGGGUGAAAACCAAUCAACUUCAACGUCUCAUUAGGACUGGACGUACGGGACAUUGGCUAAAUCAUGGCAAAGAACAUUGCUUGAUAGGGGUUAAAGGGAAAUGCAACAAGAUGAACAAAGGUCUAGAUUGUGAUGUUCUUGUUGCUGAAGUACGGUCUACUAGCCAUAAGCCGGAUGAAAUUUAUGGUCUUAUUGAAAGACUUUCUCCUGGCACAAGAAAAGUUGAGCUGUUUGGUCGACCUCAUAAUGUGCAACCAAAUUGGUUAACACUUGGCAAUCAACUAGACGGAGUUCGUUUGAUGGAGUCCGAUGUUGUUGAAAGAUUUAAAGUUAAAUAUCCAAAUGGUAUACAACAUUUGACAUCGAAAUAGCAAAAGUUAUGCUUUUUCUUCACCAUUACUCAGCUGGUUCAUCAUUGCCAUACACCAACUCACGAAUAAAGGAAAAACGUACCAAGAAUAAUUUCCAAACCAUGAACCAACCUGAAGUUGAUGAAGAUUUUGCUGUCAAUUGUGGCAUUGAUUCAAAAAGUGCAGUUGAAUUUAUGUUAGGAAAUAAUUUUGAAAUGGUUUAUUAAAUAGUCAUUGUUAUGGUUUCAAUCCCCUUUUACAAAAAUAAAAAUUACAUCGACCUAGUAACGUAA